AGCUUGUGAUUUUAGUUGAGAAAGCGUGACCUAAUUCCUCAUCUGGGUCAUGUAGCCUUCAUUUAAUCAGAGCGAUCUAAAGAGUAGACUACAUAUAUUAGCUUUUUCUGCUUUCCCGCUGUUCAUUGUUGGUCUUUUGUGAGACCGAAUUUCGUGUGAUGAGGUGACAACAAAGGAACCACUUUUUUGAAGGUGAAGGCAACAUACCAGCAUCUGUGGUCUAACUUGGAUAGGCUACUGGUGGUUUGACACACACACAGCAGAGGAUAUGUGGUGGUUCCAGCAGGGUCUUUGUAUUCUACCGGUGGCUUUGGUAUUAUGGACGGCGGCCACGUUCAUCUUUGCUUACAUCACUGCUGUGCUGCUGAAACAUGUGGACCCACUGGUGCCAUACAUCAGCGACACGGGGACGGUUGCCCCAGAGAGAUGUGUGUUUGGAAUCAUGCUGGACAUCUCAGCAUACUUAGGCAUAGCCACCAUGUACGUACGCUACAAGCAGGUCCAAGCCUUGACAGUCGAAGAGGAGUCGAAGCUGCAUAAACUCAACCUCUUGGGUUUGGUGCUGGGAUGGACCAGCUCCUUUGGCAUGUGCAUUGUUGCUAACUUUCAGAAAACGACUCUGUUCUCCAUGCACCUGGUGGGGGCAAUAUUGACGUUUGGCGUGGGGGCACUGUACAUCCUGGUGCAGACCUUGGUGUCUCUGUGCAUGCAGCCUCACGUCCACGGGAAGAGCAUCUUCUGGGUCCGACUCAGCAUCGGAGUCUGGACCUUCGCCAGCAUCAUCAGCAUGUUUGUGUCAUCUGUCAUCAUGUACAGUAGUCUACCUGGAGUGGACGUGGCCCAUAAACUGCACUGGAUACCUGGGGAGACGGGCUACAUCCCUCACAUCGUCAGCACCAUCUCUGAGUGGUCUCUGGCUCUCUCCUUCAUCAGUUUCUUCCUCACCUACAUCAGAGACUUCCAGAAAGUAACGCUGCGGGCAGAGGUGGACCUACAGAGCAAUCACCUCUACGAUUCUCCACACUACAGCAUCACUGCACAGGUCAACCAAUCUGAGACCUCCCCACUGAUGGCGGGGGGCAUCUGAACAGGACAACUCCUCGUGGUGCGGUUGAGUCUAGCUGUAAUUAUGAACAUAUUGAAUGGAAUCAAUGAGAUAUAGAAUGUUGAGGGUGUAAUCAACGAGCACUAUUAUAAACAGGGUGGGUCGAGCCCUGAAAUCUGAUUGCCUGAAAGUAGUGGUAUAUCGGACAGUAUACCACAGGUAUGACAAAACAUAUGUUUUUACUGCUCAAAUUACGUUGGUAAACAGUUUAUAAUAGCAAUAUGGCACCUCGGGGGUUUGUGGUAUAUUGACAAUAUACCACGACUAAGGGCUGUAUCUAGGACCUCCGCAUUUGCGUGGUAUAUUGGCUAUAUACAGCGAACCCCUCGGGCCUUAUUGCUUAAAUAUACCGCUGAAAGACCUAAUUCUCAGAUAGUGUAAAUUCCACAUGCCCUUUUAAACUGACAUUUUGGUUCUUAUUAGAAAGUAAUUAUAUUUUUAUUAAACCUAAAGGGGUUCGAUCCACUGACAAGACAUGUAUUUUGUUUCAGUAGUCAGAACACAACUAACCAGUAUUUAUUAUUAUUAUUAUAUUCUCUACCAGCCACUCGAUGGUGCCAAAGAAUCGUCAAGAUGUUUGUUUUGACUUUCUUAAAUCUAACAAUGAGCAUUUGUUGCGCUAUCUUACGUUUGUCUUUCACGAGAAUUGAUAUCAUUAGGUGGUUUACAGCAAGGCACUUGAACUAAUUAACUAGAAUGUGAUUUAUUUGCUCUACUUUACUUUGGGAUGCUAAGUUUAAUUGAUUUGAAUGUUGCUCUCACUCUGUUAAAGUAGGAUAAUAUAAGAAUUGGGUUUGGCUGUAGGUUUGGUCAUUAGUGAAUUAUGGAUUUUCUUGGGAUGCUUUUCUAUUAGUUUUUAUGUUUCUAUUUUUCCCAAUGAUCAUCUCUAUUACCCAUAAAAAGUUAUGUGAAUUUCUCUUUCCUGUAGAAUGGAUACAAUAUUGGUGAGAUGUAAGGAGGUGCUUAGUACAAUAUUUUUGGUUAUUUGAAGAUGUUUUCUACUGAAAGUUUAUUUUGUUACAGUAUAUAAAACAUUUCAGCUGGCCACUUUUUGCCACCAGUUUCUAUAACUGUGUGGAGGAGGUAUUGCCAUCAUUGCUGUAAACUGGCCUGAAUAAUUCCAUCAAUCGGUUUCAUGUUAACCUGAUCACCUAUGCAGUAACUACAUAGAAGCUUUGUUUGUUUCAUUCUCAUAAGAAUGGAAAGCAUCAAAUUCACUGUUGUAUAUGAAGGCUUUAUAACAGAAUAAAACAUUUUACUUCUAACGCCGUUAUAGAUUAAAGCAAUAACAAACAAGAUAGUUAUGACAUUUAUUGGUAUAUUGAGUAAUUUACACCAUACAUGAUACACACAUCUAAUUGUACUUAAACUGAAUUGAACAAAAACAAUGUGUUGUGUUGGUACCAUGUUUCAUGAGCUCAAAUAAAAGAUACCAGAAAUGUUC